UAAUAUUUUACAAUGCAGGAAGGUGUAUUAAAAAUACUUUUUUUAUUAGUCUAUUUAAAAUUACGUAGAAGAUACAAGUUUGUAAUGUAAUUAAUUAAAACCUGGAUAUAACUUGCUUUUUUGACACAGGAAUUCAAGAAUGACUGAUAUUAGUCUAUUUGCUCCAAACAAAUUUUUGAAAACAGAGCAAUCAAGAACAAAGAUAUUAUUAACGGUUACAUGCAGAGGAUUUUUUUUAUUAAAAACUACAUGCACAGAAAAAAUAAAAAACAAAACAUGUAUAUAAAAUAUUUAAAUACACAGAAUUAUACGCUUAUCCCAGGUUUUAAAAUAUAAAACAGAAAUAGAAAACGAAACCGGAUUUCUUCUUUUGACACUCUAUUCAAAUAUUUUACAUAAAUUAAAACGUAAUAAAUCAUGAAAUUACUGGAGAGUUCUCGUUUUGAGGCAAUCAACAAUGCACUUUCUAUACAAACUAGCGGUAUCACAAUAUUUGGACGCAUUGAAAGUUACUCCUGCAAAAUGGUAGCAGCUGAGAAGGUUUUAUACAAAAGAUUUACUGCUGAGACGCAUGGACAUGAUCUUCAGGCAUUGUCACCACCACAAACACUGGUUGACUUUUCACCAAACUUUCGUCGAAACAAUAGCCAGUCUGGAGAUGAAGGAAUAACUCUUUGUGAUACCAUAUCCAGAAAAACAUUGUUUUACUUAAUUGCAACUUUAAACGCUUCUUUUGAGCCCGAUUACGACUUUUCAGAGGCUAAGUCGCAUGAAUUCAGCAAGGAACCAUCAUUGCAGUGGGUUAUGAACUCAAUACAUUCAAAUCUAUCUGCGCUUGCAGGAGAUCAAUAUCAAAUUAUUCGCCAACCAUUAUGGUCUGCUGUUGACGAUGAAGUGAACUUAUCAGAAUGUGACAUAUAUAGCUAUAAUCCAGAUUUAAGUUCUGACCCUUUUGGGGAACCCGGAUGCGUGUGGUCAUUUAAUUAUUUCUUUUAUAAUAAGAAAUUGAAACGGAUUGUAUUUUUUACAAGUCGAGCUUUAAAUUCUCUUUAUGCUGGUGAAACCUCGGACUUCUCAAUGGAAGAGGACGUAUAUUAAAAGAAGCCCUAGGAAUUAGCAAAAUCAGUUUUCAGUUUAAAUAAAUAAAGUGUAUCGUAAUUGAACUAGAAUAUGAAUUAAGCUUCAAAUUAAAAAAAUGAAUAUAUGUUUGACUAAAAUAAGAAAAACAAAA